AGAGAGAGAGCGAGAGAGAAUUAGCCCCUCCUCCUACGAAGUACCGGGCCUGGCUGGCAAAAAUCUGAGAUAAACGGAGUUUACGUGUUUCAGUCGAACAGUAAUUCGGUGAUAUUCGCGCAGAUCUUACUGCCGUCGGCGGAUCUUCGGUGACUUAGUGAAGUUAGACUCCAAGAGCAGUUGCUGCCUUUCUCUUGCACUUCUUCUCUGCUGACACGUGUGUCAUGGCGUUCUCCUUGAUCACCCGUCAGUUUGCUCUCUCCCUGCAAAAAAACGUGUGGCUCAGUGCUCCAGUAUGCAGAUAUGUCAGCAAGGCAGCACCUAAGACUCAGGUGGAGUUUGACUAUGAUGGACCCUCCAUGAAAACUUCAGUCCCUGGACCACGAUCACAAGAGCUAAUGAAACAACUGGGAGACAUCCAGAAUGUUGGUGCAGUCAACUUCUUCUGUAACUAUGAGGAGAGCAGGGGGAACUAUUUGGUGGAUGUGGACAGCAACCGCAUGCUGGAUAUUUACACUCAGAUCUCUUCCAUCCCAAUUGGAUACAACCACCCUGCCCUCCUCAAACUGAUGUCCAAUCCCAACAAUCUGAGUACAUUUGUGAACCGCCCUGCCCUGGGAAUCCUGCCACCUGAGAACUUUCCAGACAAGCUCACUGAAAGUCUGCUCUCUGUGGCUCCCAGUGGAAUGACACGUGUCCAGACAAUGGCCUGUGGAUCUUGCUCCAACGAAAAUGCUUACAAAGCAAUGUUUUUCUGGUACAGGAGCAAGGAGCGAGGCCAAAACACACCAUCCGAUGAAGACCUCAGCACCUGCAUGAUAAACCAGGCCCCAGGUUGUCCAGACCUCAGUAUUUUGUCUUUCAUGGGAGGAUUCCAUGGAAGAACGAUGGGUUGUUUGGCAACAACACACUCCAAAUCAAUCCACAAGUUGGAUGUGCCUUCGUUUGAUUGGCCAAUCGCCCCAUUCCCAAGACUGCAGUAUCCACUUGACGAAUUUACCAGAGAGAAUGCACAGGAAGAGGCUCGCUGUCUGGAAGAGGUGGAGGACCUAAUUGUGAAGUGGAGGCAAAAAGGGAAGCCUGUGGCAGGGAUUGUAAUUGAACCAAUCCAGGCUGAAGGCGGAGAUAACCAUGCCUCCCCAGAGUUCUUCAGAAGCCUCCGCAACAUUGCACGCAAGCAUGGCUGUGCUUUCCAUGUUGAUGAAGUCCAAACUGGUGGAGGGACCACAGGAAAGUUCUGGGCUCAUGAGCACUGGGGCAUGGAUGAUCCUGCUGACAUUGUCUCUUUUAGCAAAAAGCUUCUGACUGGUGGCUACUACUACAGGGAUGAGUUACAGGCUGAUAAGCCAUACCGGAUCUUUAACACAUGGAUGGGUGACCCAUCAAAGAACUUGUUCUUGGCUGAGGUUCUCAAUGUUAUUCGCAGAGAAAACCUUCUGGAGGAGGUGUCCCGUUCUGGGAAAGCUUUGCUAAAUGGCCUUUAUGAGCUACAGGCUCAGUACCCUUCUAUAUUGAGCCGUGCGCGAGGACAGGGGACUUUCUGUGCCAUUGACAUUUGCGAUGAUGCAACACGCAACAGCAUCCUGCUCAAGGCCAGAGACAAAGGUGUUCUCCUGGGAGGUUGUGGGGAUCGAUCAAUCCGUUUCCGUCCAGCACUGGUUUUCAAAGAAUUUCAUGUUCACAUCUUCCUCAACAUUUUCAAUGACGUGCUGGCCCAGCACAAAUAAAUCUCAGCCCUGAAGGAACUGGAGUGACACUGAACAAGAUCAUACAGAAUGGUGGGAGGGAAUGUCCAGACAGUCCAUUUCAUGAUAAGCACAAACAAUUAAGUCACACUUAUACCCAUUAUAACCUGUGUUUCAAGGUCUGGGGCCUGUUGAAUUUAUAACUGUAACUUCUGACAAAUAUUCAUCUCCUGAGCAAGAAAUAAUAAUAAUGAUGAUAUCCAGGUACACUCAUUAAAGAUGUACAUGAAAACCAUUCAGAACAGAUGACCCCUGUUUCAGUUUCUGUAAAGUGAAUCAUGUCAGCAAACCCAGAAGUUUCUGUUUUGAAUUCAGAGGUCUGAGCCGAGGCAAAAAAUGUGGUAAGAUGUACAAGAUUAGAACUCCUUAUUAACCUCCCCUAAUGGCUCAAAACAAAGUUUCAUUUUAGUGCUGAUAUGCCAGCAUCAUCUCACUGCCUGUGA